AUGUCUGCGCUUCCACGGCUCUAUGUCCAGUGCAACCCGCUCCUAGACGUAUCUGCCUCUGUGGAUGACGCCUUCUUUGAGAAGUACAAGGUGAAGAAGGCGUGUGCCUGCUUGAUGGAGGAGGCUCAGAAGGGCAUCUUCGAAGACCUAGAGCAGCAGCCCAACGUGGCCUACGUCCCCGGCGGCUCCGGUCUCAACACCGCCCGCGUGGCGCAGUGGAUCGCGCAGGCCCCCAACAGUAGCUUCGUCAACUACGUCGGGUGCGUUUCGGACGACAGGUAUGGCAACAUCCUGAAGGAUGCCGCGGAGAAGGAUGGCGUGAGCAUGCACCUCGAGUACACUACGAAAGCCCCCACCGGCUCGUGCGCCGUGUGCAUCUCCGGCAAGGAGCGCUCGCUAGUGGCGAACUUGUCCGCAGCGAACUUGCUCUCCACGGAACACAUGCGCAGCAGUGAUGUCGUUGAGACGCUGAAGAGCUGCCAGCUCUACUACCUUACCGGUUUCACGCUGACGAUUGACGUGAGCUACGUGUUGCAGGUGGCGGAGGCGGCCCGUGCGUCGGGUGGGCAGUUCAUGAUGAACCUUUCGGCUCCCUUCUUGCUGCAGUACUUCACAGAGGGCUUCAACAAGGCGGUGCCGUACCUCGACGUCCUCUUCGGUAACGAGGUCGAGGCCAAGGUACUUGCGGAUGUCAUGAAAUGGGACCUCACUGACAUCUCCGAGAUAGCUAGGAGGGCCGCGACGGAGCUGCCGUACAACGGUACUCGCGACCGCCUUGUUGUCUUCACGCAGGGUAGCGAGGAGACGGUGUACGCUACUCGCAGUGGCAAGACCGGCUCCUCCGUGGUGCAUCCCGUCGAGCAGGACAGCAUUGUAGAUCUGAACGGUGCCGGUGACGCUUUCGUCGGUGGCUUCCUCGCCACGUAUGCAAUGGGCCGCAGCAUCGAGCGGUGCUGCGAGGUGGGUAAUUACGCUGCCGGUGUCAUCAUUCAGCACAACGGCUGCACCUAUCCCGAGAAGCCGUUGAUCACUCCUUGA